GCUCGUGGGGGCGGGAGCGUGUGUGGCAUGUAACAGGUCAUGUGGCAGCCCUCCUAGGGACACGCGUGGGGUCUGGUGCGGGACACGCGUGUGCAGCGGGCCCUGCGUGUGGCUCAAGAUUCAGUGGGCGAGAGGGACGUGGACACGAGUGCGGCGGGGCAUGUGAGGGUCUGGGAGAAGAGCCCGGGCUUCCCUGCCCUCCCCCUCGUCUGGGGCGGGUUCUGGGCUGGCGGGAGAGCCCAGUGGGGAUUGAGCGACGAGGGGGUUGGCAGCCUUUGGGGCUCAGGGCCCUGGGAGAGGAGGGAGGUGGGAGAUUAGCGUUGCGGGAGCGGCGCGCGGGUGGGGGUGUUGGAGGAGGGACCGGAGGCAGGCGGGCCUGGAGCGGCGGGAGCUGCCUGCACAGCUGAGCCGGCCCCGCUCUGCUUCCCCUCGGUCCAGCUCCGGAAGAGCCGCGGCCUGCUGAGGAGCAUGCAGCCCCCUCACCCCCCACCUGGCCUGGCCAUCCCUGCCCCCCCAGCCUGACCCCCGGCCCCAGCAUGGCCCAGGGUGCCAUGCGCUUCUGCUCGGAAGGCGACUGUGCCAUCUCCCCACCACGAUGCCCUCGUCGCUGGCUCCCCGAAGGCCCGGUCCCCCAGAGCCCCCCAGCCAGCAUGUACGGCAGCACAGGCUCCCUGCUGCGGCGAGUGGCAGGCCCGGGUCCCCGCGGCCGGGACCUGGGUCGCGUGACCGCACCCUGUACACCUCUGCGUGGUCCCCCCUCUCCUCGUAUUCCUCCCUCACCCUGGGCACCCUCUUCACCCCCUGGGCAGCCCCCACCAGGGACCCGGAGCUCUGUGGUCAUCUUCCGCUUUGUGGAGAAGGCCAGCGUGAGGCCACUGAAUGGGCUGCCUGCAUCUGGAGGCUUGAGCCGGAGCUGGGACCUGGGCGGGGCGUCUUCCUCCAGGCCCGCCCCCGCCCUUGGGCCUGGCUCCAACCGCAAGUUUCGACUGGAGGCAUCCACAUCAGACCCACUUCCAGCUGGAAGAGGCUCUGCCCUUCCUGGCAGCCGGAACACUCUCCCUAGGCCACCAGUCCUACCCCCGGUUGGGGCCGACGGCCUCUACUCCUCUCUCCCCAACGGGCUGGGGGGCCCUCCCGAGCGUCUAGCCACACUGUUCCGAGGACCUGCUGACACUGGGCUCCUGAACCAGGGGGACACCUGGUCCUCCCCUCGGGAAGUGUCUUCUCAUGCCCAGAGAAUUGCUCGAGCCAAAUGGGAAUUCUUCUAUGGCUCCUUGGACCCCCCCAGCUCAGGUGCUAAGCCCCCAGAGCAGGCCCCCCUCUCCCCACCCAUGGUGGGCUCAGGGCCAGGCUCUGGGGUGGCUGUGGGGCGAGCAGCUGAGUACUCGGAGACAGACUUGGACACAGUGCCCCUGAGGUGCUACCGAGAGACCAACAUCGAUGAGGUGCUGGCUGAGCGGGAGGAGGCGGACUCGGCCAUUGAGAGUCAGCCCAGCUCCGAGGGCCCGCCGGGCACUGCCGGGCCACCCGCCCCACGUCCCGGCCUGUGCCCCAGGCCUUGUUCCAGCCUGGGCAGCGAUGAUGAGGACGAGGAUGAGGCAGGCGGGCAAGAGGAUGUGGAUGAUGAAGUGUUUGAGGCCUCAGAGGGGUCCCGCAGGCCAGGGGCCCGGAUGUCUCACCCCGGGCCCGUCAAAUCUCCUGUGCCCUUUCUCCCUGGGACCAGCCCUUCUGCCGAUGGGCCCGACUCUUUCAGUUGUGUGUUUGAAGCCAUCCUGGAGUCACACCGUGCCAAGGGCACGUCCUACACCAGCCUCGCCUCCCUGGAGGCCCUGGCCUCACCUGGCCCAACACAGAGCCCCUUCUUCACCUUUGAGCUACCGCCCCAGCCCCCUGCGCCCCGGCCUGACCCACCUGCUCCUGCCCCACUGGCCCCUCUGGAGCCAGAUUCUGGUACCAGCUCUGCUGCUGAUGGUCCUUGGACACAGAGAGGGGAGGAGGAGGCAGAGGCUGGAGCCAAGCUGCCCCCAGGAAGGCAGCCCCCUAGUCCCUGCCACUCAGAGGACAGCCUUGGGCUCGGGGCAGCUCCCCUGGGCAGUGAACCACCCCUGAGUCAGCUGGUCUCAGACUCAGACUCAGAGCUGGACAGCACAGAGCGGCUGGCGCUGGGAAGCACGGAUACCUUGUCCAACGGGCAGAAGGCGGAUCUGGAGGCCGCACAGCGCCUAGCCAAGAGGCUGUACCGACUGGAUGGCUUCAGGAAGGCCGAUGUGGCCCGGCACCUGGGCAAGAACAACGACUUCAGCAAGCUGGUGGCCGGCGAGUAUCUCAAGUUCUUCGUCUUCACGGGCAUGACUCUGGACCAGGCUCUCAGGGUGUUUCUGAAGGAGCUGGCCCUCAUGGGUGAGACCCAGGAGCGGGAGCGCGUGUUGGCCCACUUCUCCCAGCGAUACUUCCAGUGCAAUCCCGAAGCCCUGUCCUCGGAGGACGGCGCCCACACGCUGACCUGUGCCCUCAUGCUACUCAACACAGACCUCCACGGCCACAACAUAGGGAAGCGCAUGACCUGUGGGGACUUCAUCGGGAACCUGGAGGGCCUCAACGACGGCGGCGACUUCCCCAGAGAGCUGCUCAAGGCCUUGUACAGCUCCAUCAAGAAUGAAAAGCUCCAGUGGGCCAUAGACGAGGAGGAGCUGAGGCGCUCUCUGUCUGAACUGGCCGACCCCAACCCCAAGGUCAUCAAGCGGGUCAGCGGGGGCAGUGGCAGCGGCUCCAGCCCUUUCCUGGACCUGACUCCGGAGCCCGGGGCCGCCGUGUACAAGCACGGGGCCUUGGUGCGCAAGGUGCACGCAGACCCCGACUGCCGGAAGACACCUCGGGGCAAGCGGGGCUGGAAGAGCUUCCACGGGAUCCUCAAGGGCAUGGUUCUCUACCUGCAGAAGGAGGAGUACCAGCCCGGGAAGGCGCUCUCGGAGGCCGAGCUCAAGAAUGCCAUUAGCAUCCACCACGCCCUGGCCACGCGAGCCAGCGACUACAGCAAGAGGCCCCACGUCUUCUACCUGCGCACGGCGGACUGGCGCGUCUUCCUCUUCCAGGCUCCGAGCCUGGAGCAGAUGCAGUCGUGGAUCACGCGCAUCAACGUGGUGGCCGCCAUGCUGUCCGCACCCCCGUUCCCCGCGGCCGUCAGCUCCCAGAAGAAGUUCAGCCGCCCCCUGCUGCCCAGUGCCGCCACCCGCCUCUCCCAGGAAGAGCAGGUGCGGACCCAUGAGGCCAAGCUGAAGGCCAUGGCAAGCGAGCUGCGUGAACACCGGGCCACCCAGCUGGGGAAGAAGACCCGCGGCAAGGAGGCCGAUGAGCAGAGGCAGAAGGAGGCUUACCUGGAGUUUGAGAAAUCUCGCUACGGCACCUACGCAGCACUGCUUCGGGUCAAGCUGAAGGCGGCCAGUGAGGAGCUGGACGCCAUAGAGGCAGCACUGGCCCAGGCUGGGAGCGCAGAGGAUGACCGUCCCCCGCCUCACUCCAGCCCCUCCCUGCAGCCUGACCCUGCAGGGCAGCCCCGGGCCCAGCGCACUGGCUCAGCAUCCCGGGCCGGGGCAGGCAGUGCAGCCCGGAAGCCCUGAGCUGGGAGGCAGCGUGGUGGGGUGUCUGCGGACGCCCGCAUGACGACAGGCCCUGCCUGAGCCCGGCCGGCCUCGGGCCACACAGAGGGCCUCUCAGCAGGGCCCGACCGCGCCGGACGCGGGGUCCGGGGCAGGGCAGGGCAGGUGCAGCCUCGGGAGCCUAGGCCAAGGCCCCCUGAGACCCCUUUUGUGAUAAUGUUUGCACUUUUUCCUACAGGGGGUGGGUGGGAGGGGCGAGUGCCCGAAGUUUUGAUGCAGUAUUUUUUUUGUGGGGGAGGCCCAACCACGUUUCUGCUUCCUGCUGGGACCACCUACCCUGACACCAGCAACCCCGCCCUGGGGCCUGGCUCCGGCAGAGGCCAGGAGUGGGGCUGAGCUGGUUUUCCCUCCUCCCCAAGGGCUCCCCUCUGCUCCUGGAGGUGGGAGGGUGUCGUGCACGGGCCAGCGGUGUGGCCUGCUCCCCUCCCUCCCUGGGCCUGCCCUUUGUACAGCCUCCACCCCAUUAAAACUGCUCUGAAUUGCCA